CACCACCACAAAUUCUCAUUUUGAUCCUGCUAAGAAAUAAUGGCCGCCACUACUAGCACUACUUUCUCCUUCUCCUUGACUAUCAUUGCUCUCUGCUUCUUGCUGAGGAAUGCCAAUGGCGAUCCCAAUAUUACCUUUGAACCCAAUAGUACCAUGAGAACUCCAAUUCAACCGUCGCCGCCGCCGCGAUUUCGUUUCCACACCCUUCAGCUCUCCUCUCUGAUUCCAUCGGAUGCAAGUUGCUGCUCUUCUCCUUCUCUUUCAGCUAUGGAAGGGCUGAACAAGGGAGCAUCUUUGCGAGUGGUCCACAAAUAUGGGCCGUGCGGACAGGCCCAACAACAACCCAGGCCCACCGCGGCAGAAAUCCUGCUCCACGACGAGUCCAGGGUCCAGACAAUUCAGUCCAGGUUCAGAAAGGCAGCCGCUGGCGGUGAUGUCAAGGUGACCGAGUCGUCCACCACCAUCCCGGCGAAGGACGCCCGUACCAUUGGCGCCGCCGGUAACUUCAUGGUCACCGUGGGGAUCGGCACGCCGCCGCAGACGCUCUCCCUUGUAUUCGACACGGGGAGCGACCUGACGUGGACUCAGUGCCAGCCAUGCGCCCGGUUCUGCUACGAGCAACGGGAGAAGAUUUUCGAUCCAUCCUCCUCCACUUCGUACCGAAACGUUUCUUGCUCCGCGCGCUCAUGCUCUGCACUCGCUUCAGUCUCAGGAAUGAAGUCGAAAUGUUCUUCCUCAACGUGCAAGUACGAGAUCCAGUACUCCGACUCCUCGUUCUCCAAUGGAUUUUUCGGCACGGAGAAACUCACACUGAGCUCAACGGACGUGUUCAAAAACUUCUUCUUCGGAUGCGGCCAAAACAACCAAGGAACGUUCGCCGGUUCCGCCGGAUUGUUGGGCUUGGGCCGGGACAAGCUUUCAUUCGUCUCCCAAACGGCCCAAAAGUACAAGAAGCUCUUCUCCUAUUGUCUACCCUCCACCUUUACCACCACCGGAUUCCUCAAUUUCGGCCACGUGUCCACGACGUCGGUCAAAUACACUCCCCUCACCACCGUCCCCGGCGGCGCCAACUUCUACACCGUCGACAUCACCUCCAUAACCGUCGGCGGCGAGAAGCUCCCCAUCCCCGCCACCGUCUUCUCCACCGCUGGAGCGGUCAUCGAUUCCGGCGCCGUAUUCACCCGCCUCCCGCCGGUGGCCUACUCGGCCCUCCGGUCGGCGUUCCGGAAGCUGAUGUCGGGCUUCCCGGCGGCGAGGCCAACUUCGAUCUUCGACACCUGCUUCGACUUCACCACUUUCAACCCCGUGUUGGUGCCCACGAUCGCGUUCUCCUUCGUCGGCGGCGUCGAGGUGGAGAUCCACGGGGCUGGGGUCCUGUACUUCUUCUCGUUGGCGCAAGCGUGCCUGGGGUUUGUCGCCAACGGCGGCGCGAGCGACGUGGCGGUCUUGGGGAACUUGCAGCAGGUGACGUGGGAAGUAGUGUACGACGGGGCCGGCGGGAGGGUUGGGUUCGCCGCCGGCGGCUGCAGCUAGAUGAGACCCGAUCGAGGGAGCAUUGUAAACUAGGAACUUCGAAAAGAGAAUAAAGAAUCGACGUUGUAAA